AUGCCAUACUCUCGAUCUCGCUCUCGUUCACCGAUGACAUCAUCCUAUCGUCAUGAACGAUCAUAUUCACCAUACAAUAAUGAUGGUUAUGAAGAAAAUGGUUGUCGUAUUCAUGUUGCAGACCUUUCAAUAAAUUGUACAAAACGUGAAAUUGAAAAAGCAUUUAAUAAAUGGCCUUUAAUUGAAGUAUGGCAUGCACAAGCAUCAUGUUUUGCUUUUGUGGUUUUGCGUCAGCGCGAAGAUGGGCAACAAGCCAUCAGCGAACUUGACGGCCGAUAUAUUGGUGAUGCACGAGUUCGAGUUUCAUCAGCUCGACCACGUACACGUGGUGGUGGUGGUGGACGAAGACAUUUUGAUCCAAAUAUGUAUGUAGAUAUGAAAAUCUCCAUUAAUUUUAAAUAG